AUGCAUAGCACCUUCAUGGCCUCGACAGGCGUGGACUCGGAAGCCCAACUUUCCUCGGAGACCAACCAGUACGACAGCAGCAGUUGGGACAAUAUGAACGGCUACCCACAGGCCACGAUGGCCGGAUUUGCCAACUCGGACUUCGUCUACAUGCCACCCAUUACGUCUCUUGACUUGCCGCAUGAUCCUCUGCACCGAAUGCCGCCACCGUUGCAGCCGCGUGACUCUCCGCAGAUGAAGCACGAACAGGACCAGCUGCACCAACCCCAGCAGCAGAAACUGCAGCAACAACAUCCGCCACUGUCAAUGGGCCAGGCCACAUCGCAUCACCACCACCAGCUGCCGCAACUGCCUAUGCUGACCGUUCCGUCCAACCCCACAUGGCCGAGCAUGCUGACAAACCCCGGAAGCUACAAUUCGCCGCCGAUGAACAAUGUUGUGCCCCGCAACGGGCCGUCCCGGCCGCCGCCACCUCCGCUAAAGACAAAGUUGAACGAGUCUUCCGGGCGGACCGGUCCUCGGAAGAUGCUGACCGAUGAUGACCGCCGGAGAAUGUGCGAGUACGCCGAGGCCAAUCCGGGCGUGAAGCAGUCCGAGAUUGGUAAUAUCUUUGGCGUCGAGCGCAGCACUGUUUCCAAAGUUUUGCGAAACAAGGAAAAGUACCUUGUCAAAGACAAGUCUCCUGGUUCCAAAAAACCCAAGAGCAAGUUUCCCGACAUUGAGCGGGCGCUGUCAAACUGGGUGCGCAACGCACAAAAGACCGGCGUGCCUGUCACGGAUGCCGACAUCAAGGAGAAGUUUCGGUUCUUCGCAACAAACACAGGCAGCUCGGACGCUGUUCUCAAGUCCACCAGCAACACUUGGCUGGAAAAAUUCAAACAGAAGAACGGCAUUGGUACCGGACGACUGGUUCGGCGUGCAUCGGAGACCAAUAUUCCUGACAAGCGCAGAGGCUCCAAGUCCACCGGCAUGAUCGGGUCGCCGUCUCUCGUCUCCAUGGAACCGACAAGCGUUGACUCACCCUUGUCGCCGGAGACGCGUCACCCUUCAGCAUCGCCCUUGUCGGCCAGCCGCAGCGACGAAGAGCGCAACGCCGACAGUGCUGGGCCGCCUGCUGUCGGACAAUUUAUCAACUUUGGUGCUGGCCAAUCCAACGGAAUUGGAAGCAGCGGACAAACCAACCAGAUUACCCAUUCUGGUAGCCUGGGGAACAGCAUAGGCAUGGGCCUCGGUAUGAGCGGCAUGGCGGCCUACAAGCAUGGCAACAACCAGAGCACGACGUCACUUUCAAGUGUGUUUACGGAGACUCCCGUGUCGUCCUUUUCAGGUAGCGCCCUGAGCCCGACGGUGCCAUUUACGUUCUCACCGGAUUCAAAUGUUGGGUCUUUCUUGACCAGCGACCCGAUGGCACCACCCGGAAGCGCCAAUUUCCAGCGCCCACGCAGCCAGACACUUCCAGCCCUGAACCUGGAGUACAUGAACCACGUCCAAGGCCAACACCAGCAGCACAACAACGACGCCAUGGUGUCUGAGACCACUGGCGAAUCGAUGACGCCCAAGUUCCAGCAUCAGCACCAUCUGCCAUCGACCGCUCCUUCGUCAGCCGUCGACUCGCCCAUGACUGACAUCUCAGCACCUUCUUACGGCAUCGACAGUACGGUUGUGUCCCCUCAGCUUCGGCGGAGCAACAGCAGCAACAGCCUCUUCCAAAGCGGCUCGCGGUCGGCGGGCGGUCUUGGCGGCUCGACUGUCCUGGGUGUGCCUAUGAACACUGGCGGCAGCAGUGGUGGGGGCGGAUCGUCUCCUAGCUCACCCACGCAAGACGAUGCUCGCCGCGCAGCUGACACGCUCUUGAACUUUAUCCAGCACGUGCCUAGUGCGUUCGACCAGACCGACUACGUGGCCGUGUCUCGCCUCAUUGAAAAACUGCGCCUGCAAGCAACGAACAAGGGCCAUGGGGGUGGAGGAAUGGGCGGCUUGUCCCGGAUUCCCGAGGGCGAAGGCGAGAUGACCAACGAUGUACACCAUACGAAGCUGGAAUCCGCCCUCGCUGCUUAA